UAACAAGAACUCCUAAAUAAAAUUUCCUACCAAGCGCGUCUUAUUUUCUUUUUCUUUUUUCACGAUUUUCGGUGAUUAAACGAAUCCCUCAAAUCACGUUCAUUUGCCAAACCAAAAGUGAUUCUCUCUCGCUUCCUCUAGUGUCACCUCUCUCUCAUACUGACAAAAAUCCACAGUCGAUGGCUUCAGAUCAGGCUACAACUCCACCACCACCACCACCACCAGAAAUCCAAUCCCAUGACCUCCCUAAAGUCAUAGUUCUGCACCCUCCACCUGUUUUCAACUAUUUCAAGGACCUUUUCUCCAAAAAAUUCCACCUCCUAAAAGCUUGGGAGUCACCACUUCCUCGACACGAAUUCUUGACCAACCACGCACACUCGGUUCAGGCCAUGCUCUGCUCUGGCACUGGCCCUCCCAUCUCCGCCGACAUUUUACGGCUUCUCCCAUCGCUCAGGCUCGUCGUCACCACCAGUGCCGGCCUCAACCACAUCGACCUCACCGAGUGCCGGAACCGUGGAAUCUCUAUAGCCAAUGCUGGAGAAGUGUUUUCUGAGGAUGUUGCGGACUUAGCUGUGGGCCUUUUGAUCGAUGUGUUCAGAAAGAUCUCUGCUUCUGAUCGGUAUGUCAGACAUGGGCUUUGGGCUACUAAGGGAGAUUACCCACUUGGGUCUAAGUUAGGAGGGAAGCGAAUUGGGAUUGUUGGAUUGGGAAGCAUUGGCUUUCAAGUGGCAAAAAGGCUUGAGGCCUUUGGUUGCAACAUCUCAUAUAACUCGAGGAAGAGGAAGGACUUUGUGUCAUACCCUUUCUAUACAAAUGUGUGUGAACUAGCGGCUAAUAGUGAUGUCCUAAUUAUAUGUUGUGGAUUGACUGAGCAAACCAGGCACAUGAUUAAUAGGGAAGUUUUAUUAGCAUUGGGGAAGGAGGGAGUCAUUGUCAAUAUUGGUCGUGGAGCUAUUAUUCAUGAGAAGGAAUUGGUGCAGUGUUUGGUACAAGGGGAGAUUGGAGGUGCUGGCUUGGAUGUGUUUGAGAAUGAGCCUGAUGUUCCUAAAGAGCUCUUUGAAUUGGAUAAUGUUGUGUUGGCACCGCACAUGGCUGUCUUUACAACAGAAUCUUUUAAGGAUUUGUGUGAUUUAAUGAUUGGGAAUUUGGAAGCUUUCUUUUCAAAGAAACCAUUGCUUUCUCUAGUCAUGAAUGAAUGAGUUAUGGAUUUCACUUGCUGGAUAUAAGGAUAGGUAUGGUGAAUAAGUCAGUGGUAGGGCAGGGAUGACUAUGACUAGGGCCUGAGUUGCAAGCUAUGGUAAUGUAGAAUAGGCUAAUGCAGUACUAAAAAAGAGAGCACUCUUCUAGCUACACAUUAUAUCUAUUGAGGGUUCACAAACAGCACAAUUGUCAGUGUGCGUGCCUCCAUAAAACAAUUAUUCAACCUGUAUGCGGCCAGGACCUAAAUAUAAAUAUUGUUGUAAUACUCUUCUCCAAAAAAAAAAAAAAAAUUCUUGUAAUACCACUGAUUAAUUUGACACUUUAUUAUUGUUUGUA